AUGCUCGCUGUCGACCUCAAUCUUCUGCAAUUUGUGCAGCAACUCUUUGUCUGCCUCCCUCCCAACACCACAUCAUUCUGUGCAACAUUGGAGGCAUUUCUCGGAGACUGCAACUACAAGCUGCAGAUGCGUGACACCUUGCGAAGGCGGUUUGGCAAUGCCCUACUCUGGUACUCAAGCCUCGUGAAUUCCACUCGACGUUUCAUCCAAGAUAAGAUCGAGAAUGCACGUGCCUCGACUCUUCAUGCAUCCACACCGCGGCAUGAGUUCAGGCAGGAAUUGCCCACCCCACAAUAUUUUCCAGGUGACGUAGAGGGGUGCAACAGUGCUGAGGAGUCUGACGCUGUUGAGGAGUCUGAAAGCUAUGUCGGGCACAGUACGGAGGCUCAUCCACAUGUACACAUGCCUCCUUUGCCUGGCCUGGAUUCACCGGACCACCGCCCUGCACGCGGUUCACCAUCGCCGUCAUUGGUCUCCGAUGCAGCUGCUGCGGCUGACGACAUUGAUUGUCUCCAUGGAGAAUCACUUCCUCAUGCAAGCUCGCCUGUCAUGCGGAGUCGGCCAAGUCAGUAUCUGUGGGACCGCUGCCCGCUCUGUUUCGGAGGCAGUUUCUCCGAACAGACCGAGGACAUGCCAGACGUCAUUGUGUGCCUCGAUGCCUGCUUUACUCAGAAGUGCAGGAGGGGCAGAGGCGAUGAGCGGGACCGGCCGCGUGCACAUCCAGAUACGGUCUUUGUACCCGAGGAUGACGUCAAGGCAAUGGAAAAUUAUGUGGAAGGCCUGCAUGGACCGCGGGACCAUACGCAUCGCGCGUCGAAGAAGAAGUCGACCGACGAGGAGGAUGGGUUCGAGGGCGGCAUGAAAAUACUGACCUGCAUGAAAUGGGGAUUCCUCUCCGAUGUCAUCGAUCACAUCAUAUUCAGCAUAUCCAUCUUCCACGCCUAUGGCCACCAGUGGUCGUGCCAGCUGAUCUACCAUCCACAGAAGUGUGUUGGGUUCAGCUUGACCAACGGCGAAGGCUGCGAGAGGUUCUGGAGUGCAAUCAGGAAACUUAUCCCCUCGUUGCAGGUAUCAGGGUACCACCAGUGGCUGUUCACACUCGAUACUCAAGUCUGGCACCUUGAUGACGUGUCACUGCAUGCGCUCGGUCACUGGAUUGUGAAGAAGUGGGACCAAUGUCAGUCGAAGAAGCAUACCACGCUCGAGGAGUUAGCACAGUGUGGUGUACCAACUGAGAUACUGCGCGCUCAGUGGAAUGCACAGAUUGUGGAGCAGACUAAGCCAGCACCAUGUCGUUCUCGGAACAAGGGCAAGCAUGCUGUUGAGGCCAUUCUGGCUUUGCAGAAGGCUCGCAAUUUGUACAAGGAGACCCUCUGUGAGCUUGAGAUCAAGCUGCUUGCUGAUUCAGAUGUACCCUUCAGCAUUGACAAGCUCAACCUUCAGAUCGCGGAGGCUCGUAGUAAGUGUCAGAACAUUGAGCAAGCUAUCACACACAAGAAGGCCACUCUGGGCAUAGGUGAAAGGGCCCGUUUGGCUCGGCUAGCGAACAAUGCAUUCUUGCGGAUUGGCAUGAACGCUCGAGCCAUCAAGCAACACAUUCGUGAUCGUCUCUGCCAGCGGAAGUUCGAGCUCGAAUGA